AUGUCCUUGCGUCCAAGCGGUCUUAUAACGGUCCUUCAUAAGUUGAAAGAACUCAAAUCCACUCCAAACGCGGCCCCGGUGGAGACGCUAGCAAUUGUUGACGACAAGAUAAAGGAGCUGAAGAGGGAGCAUCAGGAAAAUAUCGAGCUCCUUACUGCAUUCCAGCUGCAGAAUGCCGCCAAGGCUCAAGAAGUCCUUAUCAAUUUCAUUCCUCACUCUCUGUCUCGACUACCCACCAACCAAUCAUCUGCUACAGCCUUCAAAGCACGCCCAUACCACCUAUGGAUCCCUCGUGCGUUGCCGCCAAUUUUCGAUGUUCGUCUUGCCCCGGGUCAACUGCGCAACAACGCCGUCGAUAACUUGAUGAAGUAUAUGUUCCUCAUCCAUGCAAUUCGCCACGGGGCAGCUCAUGGCCAGAGAGUAUGGAAGUGGCUGGUUGCGUCAUUGCUGAGGAUGUUCCGUGGGUAUUACUCGUCUCAUACGUCAAAUUCACACUCUUGGAUUAUGGAUAUAAGCAACACCAAAAUGCAUGCCGCUGCAAUAUCUCUAGCGUCCUGA